AUGAGAACAUCAGCAGGGCCGAGGCACUGGCCUCGACUCAUCUAUGGAUUGACAUUUUGUCUAAUUGCUAUCACUGUCGCUGGAGAUGAUUAUAAGCCUUACUAUGCAUCCCAGCCAACCUAUUACUCUCCACCACAGCAUGCAAAACACCCACCCCACCAUCACAAAAAACCUCCACAUGCACACAAAUCUCCACCUUCACCUUAUGUCUAUAAGUCACCACCACCUCCCUCUCCUUCACCCCCACCUCCAUACAUCUACAAGUCUCCUCCACCACCAUCCCCAUCACCACCCCCACCAUAUGUUUAUAAGUCUCCUCCACCUCCAUCUCCUUCACCACCCCCUCCAUACGUGUAUAAAUCUCCUCCACCUCCAUCCCCAUCACCACCCCCUCCUUAUGUUUACAAGUCUCCACCACCUCCAUCCCCCUCACCUCCUCCACCAUAUGUGUACAAGUCUCCUCCUCCACCGUCUCCAUCACCUCCACCUCCUUAUGUCUACAAGUCUCCACCACCUCCAUCCCCCUCACCUCCUCCACCAUAUAUUUACAAGUCUCCUCCAUAUGUCUACAAAUCUCCCCCUCCACCAUCUCCAUCACCUCCCCCUCCUUAUGUCUACAAGUCUCCACCACCUCCAUCCCCCUCACCUCCUCCACCAUAUAUUUACAAGUCUCCUCCAUAUGUCUACAAGUCUCCUCCUCCACCAUCUCCAUCACCUCCCCCUCCUUAUAUCUACAAGUCUCCACCACCUCCAUCCCCCUCACCUCCUCCACCAUAUAUUUACAAGUCUCCUCCAUAUGUCUACAAAUCUCCCCCUCCACCAUCUCCAUCACCUCCCCCUCCUUAUGUCUACAAGUCUCCACCACCUCCAUCCCCCUCACCUCCUCCACCAUAUAUUUACAAGUCUCCUCCAUAUGUCUACAAAUCUCCCCCUCCACCAUCUCCAUCACCUCCCCCUCCUUAUGUCUACAAGUCUCCACCACCUCCAUCCCCCUCACCUCCUCCACCAUAUAUUUACAAGUCUCCUCCAUAUGUCUACAAGUCUCCUCCUCCACCAUCUCCAUCACCUCCCCCUCCUUAUAUCUACAAGUCUCCACCACCUCCAUCCCCCUCACCUCCUCCACCAUAUAUUUACAAGUCUCCUCCAUAUGUCUACAAAUCUCCCCCUCCACCAUCUCCAUCACCUCCCCCUCCUUAUGUCUACAAGUCUCCACCACCUCCAUUCCCCUCACCUCCUCCACCAUAUAUUUACAAGUCUCCUCCAUAUGUCUACAAAUCUCCCCCUCCACCAUCUCCAUCACCUCCCCCUCCUUAUGUCUACAAGUCUCCACCACCUCCAUCCCCCUCACCUCCUCCACCAUAUAUUUACAAGUCUCCUCCAUAUGUCUACAAGUCUCCUCCUCCACCAUCUCCAUCACCUCCCCCUCCUUAUGUCUACAAGUCUCCACCACCUCCAUCCCCCUCACCUCCUCCACCAUAUAUUUACAAGUCUCCUCCAUAUGUCUACAAAUCUCCCCCUCCACCAUCUCCAUCACCUCCCCGUCCUUAUGUCUACAAGUCUCCACCACCUCCAUCCCCCUCACCUCCUCCACUAUAUAUUUACAAGUCUCCUCCAUAUGUCUACAAGUCUCCUCCUCCACCAUCUCCAUCACCUCCCCCUCCUUAUAUCUACAAGUCUCCACCACCUCCAUCCCCCUCACCUCCUCCACCAUAUAUUUACAAGUCUCCUCCAUAUGUCUACAAAUCUCCUCCUUAUGUCUACAAGUCUCCAACACCUCCAUCCCCCUCACCUCCUCCACCAUAUAUUUACAAGUCUCCUCCAUAUGUCUACAAAUCUCCCCCUCCACCAUCUCCAUCACCUCCCCCACCUUAUGUCUACAAGUCUCCACCACCUCCGUCCCCCUCACCUCCUCCACCAUAUAUUUACAAGUCUCCUCCAUAUGUCUACAAGUCUCCUCCUCCACCAUCUCCAUCACCUCCCCCUCCUUAUGUCUACAAGUCUCCAUCACCUCCUCCACCAUAUAUUUACAAGUCUCCUCCAUAUGUCUACAAAUCUCCCCCUCCUUAUAUCUACAAGUCUCGAGCACCUCCAUCCCCCUCACCUCCUCCACCAUCUCCAUCACCUCCCCCUCCUUAUGUAUACAAGUCUCCACCAUAUUUGUACAAGUCCCCUCCUCCACCUUCUCCAUCACCUCCCCCUCCUUACAUCUACAAGUCCCCACCACCACCAUCUCCAUCACCACCCCCUCCAUAUAUUUAUAAGUCUCCUCCCCCACCAUCUCAUUCACCACCUCCUCCAUAUGUUUACAAGUCUCCACCACCACCAUCCCCAUCACCACCACCUCCUUAUGUCUAUAAAUCUCCACCUCCUCCAUCCCCUUCACCUCCACCACCAUAUAUCUACGAGUCACCACCACCUCCAUCCCACAUGCCUCCACCAUAUGUGUACAAGUCUCCACCUCAACCUCCUCGUCAUCUCCACAAGUACUCGCCACAUCACCUUCCCUACCUCUAUAACUCCCCACCACCUCCUGCAGCAGGCUAUUAAGUUAACUAAAUCAACUUGUAUCGUUUCAAUAAAUAUAUGCAAAAUAUUGCUGCGAUUACUACUAAGACUUCGUCAAUAUUACAGGGUCUACACUGAAGAGCCUUGUUAUGAAUGUAGCCCUGUUGAGUCAUUUGUUAGUGUCAAUUCAAAAGUUUGCUUAAUUUUAAAUUUUCAUAUGAUACAUUAAUGUGUUGUUGCUAAGUUUCCAUUUUGGCAUUUCCUUGUUUCUAUGAUAUGAUCUUAAUGUA